AUGAGCAAAGUCCGCGCGAGCGUUCAACUCGCACCUAACAAGGAUGGCUCUCGAAAGCUCCAGCCCUUUGUGAUCGGCAAAGCAACGGCGCCGCGCCUCUUCAAAAACUGUAAGCAGCUCCCCGUCCGCUACGCCUUCAAUAAGAAGGCGUGGAUGACGCGUCAGCUGUUUACAGAAUGGCUACAAGCGUGGGACGCCGAACUGGGCAAGUCAGGCCGUCACGCUUGCCUUCUCGUCGAUAACUGCUCGGAUCGCCACACCACCUGCGAGCUGGAAAACAUUGAGCUCAAGUUUCUGCCUGCGAACACGACAGCUAAGUUGCAGCCGCUCGACCAGGGCAUCAUUAAGUCGUUCAAGGUCGGUUACAGGAGGCGACUGAUAAGCUUUUGGUGA